UCUCCACUAACCAAAAUCCUUGCUUGUCUGGCUCUCUGUUUCUGGCGCAUGAGGCCAAUGGACCUUUGCGCAGAGGCACGGACAAACGCCACCGAAACCGUGAGCAAGCAAUAAAAUAUACUGCCGCCGUGAGAGAGAGAGAGGCCAAAAUCCAUUCACAGAAUAAGAGAAGUAGAAGCAGCAGCUCGAUUUUUGGGCAAAGCAAUGCCCGUCAUUACCAGAAUUUAAGGCUGUUAUUCUCACGGAUUUUGACAUUUCUUCCUUAGAUGCUUAUUAUAAUCCAAAAAAUGCAUUGUGAAAAGGACAAAAAGAGGGUAAAUUAGCAUAGUGAAAGGCUCUCGGUUUUUGUUGAAUUUUUUCUUUUAUUUUUGCUGAGCUUAAACACGAAAAAAAGUUGAACUUGAAAGUUGAAACGGACUCUUCCUUGGUUACUCUGCUAUCGGCUUCUCCUUCUCCAGAAGCAAAGCUCUUGAACUGAUUGGUCAUGCGGUUUCCCAGUAGAUCUAGUGGAAGAGCAUUUGUUCUUGAUCCUGCUUGAAAUCAAGAAUUUUCGAAUAAAAAUCUCUCUCUAUUUUUAGUACUGCACUGUUGAUUUCCUUUCGAACUGAUAACUCUGCCAUUCCAUUUGGCAAUGCAAGUGACUGCAACGUCGAAGGUCCAGCAAAUGUUGAACCAAUUGGCUUAAAUUAGAAGAGAGAAGGGAGGAAGUGAAGGUUUAAAGUGAUCGAUGUGAGUUUUGGUUAAGGCAGGAUUUUGGGUUGCAUUAGUCGAGCGUUGAGGAUGUCAUCGUGGGAGCAUUUUGGGGAGAUUGCGAAUGUCGCCCAGCUCACGGGUGUUGAUGCAGUGCGGCUGAUAGGGAUGAUAGUGAAGGCCGCGAGUACAGCGCGAAUGCACAAGAAGAACUGCAGGCAGUUUGCACAGCAUCUUAAAUUGAUAGGGAACUUGUUGGAGCAGCUCAAGAUCUCCGAGCUUAAGAGGUAUCCCGAAACACGGGAGCCUUUGGAGCAGCUUGAAGAUUCCUUGAGGAGGUCUUACAUUUUGGUCAAUAGUUGUCAGGAUAGGAGCUAUCUCUACUUGCUUGCCAUGGGUUGGAAUAUCGUUUAUCAGUUCAGAAAGGCGCAGAAUGAGAUCGACCGGUACUUGCGGCUAGUUCCUCUCAUUAGUCUCGUGGAUAACGCUCGUGUCAGGGAGAGACUGGAAGAUAUUCAAAAGGAUCAACAUGAGUAUACAUUUGAUGAAGAGGAUAGAAAGGUGCAAGAUGUGAUCUUGAAACCAGAACCCUUGAAAGAUCAGACAAUGGUGUUGAAAAAAACUCUUUCUUGUUCAUACCCAAACUUGGGUUUUAAUGAAGCUCUUCAAAAGGAAAAUCAGAAACUUCAGCUUGAACUACAACGAUCACAAGCUAAUUUGGAUGUAAACCAGUGUGAAGUUAUCCAACGUUUGAUUGAUGUCACAGAAGCUGCCGCUGCUGCAAAUUCUCUUCCACAGAAGAGUUCACCCAUAAAAGCAUCCAAGAAACUGGAGCCCAAUAAUUCAGAUGUUAGUGAGAAUCAUUCAUUUGAUGAAAACUAUCCCAAGAAAAGUGAUUCUCGUAAGACUUCAAGAAACGCAUCCUCAUUUUCAUCAGGAGAUGAUCUGCUCUCACAUAGAAACUCAUAUCAGGAUGAAGAAUGGCAUAGUGAUUUACUUGGUUGUUGUUCAGAACCCUCUCUGUGUCUGAAGACAUUCUUCUAUCCUUGUGGGACAUUCUCAAAGAUUGCUACUGUGGCAACCAAUAGACACAUGUCUUCAGCUGAAGCAUGUAAUGAAUUGAUGGCAUAUUCAUUGAUACUGUCAUGUUGUUGCUACACUUGCUGCAUCAGAAGAAAGCUCCGCAAAAGGUUGAAUAUCACGGGAGGAUUUGUUGAUGAUUUUCUUUCGCAUUUGAUGUGUUGUUGCUGUGCCCUUGUACAAGAAUGGCGAGAAGUGGAGAUUCGUGGGGUUUAUGGUCCUGAGAAGACAAAAACAAGCCCACCACCCUCACAGUUCAUGGAAUCCUAAGUGAUGUGAUGAAUGCAUUCUUUUGUUGUUGGUUGAACAUUUAUGUACGUUGAAAGCCAAGUACAGAGAUAAUGGCUAAUUGCCACUGUUAUAUCAACCUUGUAUGGGAAUGCUUUUAGCCAUUAGUUACCCUUACCUUUAUCCCGAGUCAACCAUGUGUAAAUUAGUUUUUCAUCACUCCCAUAUUCAGCAUGUGAUGUAUUAUAAGCUAAAUUUUAAUUGAUAUAGUGUUGUUUGAGUUAA